CGACACACGACCGGAGGUCACCGUCGGCAAAACGUUGUGUUUACGAAGAAAGCGAAGUAAUGAUAUUUGGCUUAUGUGAUCAAUUUAUUAUUCUAGAUUGUAGAAUCAGUCGAUAUCAGGUUGAUUUUAGUGUUCACUUCACUGUUCACAACAGCUGAAUCUCAGUUGCACAGACGAUUGGCGGGCUGUACUGUUUUUGUCAUGAGCUAUGAUUCUAAAAAACGAUCCGUAGAAUCCGGACGUGACAAGCCUUCAAAGUAUACUAGACAUAAUGAGGAUGAAUCAAGUGAUUCUGAGGAGGAAUAUGUUCCAUAUGUACCAUUGAAAGAAAGGAAGAAAGAAAAGUAUGAAAAAGCACAGAAGGUACUAAAAAGGAAACUAUUACAGCAGAAGGAAAAUAAAGACAGUGAGCGAGAGGAGGAAGAUGUUGAAGAUGAAGUCUACACAGGACCACUUGCUAACGUCAGUCUAUUAGAUCAACAUUCUGAGUUGAAAAAGAAAGCAGAAGUCAGCAAAGAAACUAAGUUAGAUAAACAACUGGAAGAAGAAGAGAAGAUUUUACAAAGUAUACAAGAACAAAAAGCUUUAAUGACAGUAAAAGAAUUAGCUAAAGGUAUAACUUACACUGAAGCCUUGGUAACCGGAUGGAAACCACCGAGAUACAUUUGUGAAAUGUCUGAAGCACGCCAUGAAAGGGUUCGUAAAAGAUGGCAUAUCAUGACGGAAGGUGAUAAUCCACCACCUCCAAUCAAAACUUUUAAAGAAAUGAAAUUUCCUCGAGGUGUUUUGAGUGGUUUGAAAAAAAAAGGUAUCACACACCCGACACCCAUACAAAUCCAGGGCAUCCCUGCUAGAGAGUUGGCGCGACAAACACAUGAAGUAAUCCUACAUUUUUCAAGAUGCGUACAAGCUGAGGGUCAGCCUGAGUUAAGAACUAUGUUAUGUAUAGGCGGGGUGUCUGUCAAAGAACAAGUGGAAUGCAUGAAAAGGGGAGUUCAUAUCGUUGUUGCUACGCCGGGAAGAUUAAUGGAUAUGUUGAAUAAAAAAUGUUUUUCGUUAGAUGUUUGUCGCUUCAUGUGCCUAGAUGAAGCAGAUAGAAUGAUUGAUAUGGGCUUUGAAGAAGACAUUAGGACUAUUCUCACUUACUUUAAGGGUCAGCGUCAAACUCUAUUAUUCAGUGCUACUAUGCCUAAGAAGAUACAGAACUUUGCAAGGAGUGCCUUAGUCAAGCCCAUCACAGUGAACGUUGGACGGGCAGGUGCUGCUAGUUUGGACGUACUGCAAGAAGUGGAGUAUGUAAAGCAAGAAGCCAAGAUGGUUUAUCUCUUGGAAUGUUUACAGAAAACUCAACCACCUGUGCUGAUAUUUGCAGAAAAGAAAUCUGAUGUUGAUGACAUUCAUGAGUAUUUGUUGUUAAAAGGAGUGGAAGCUGUCGCAAUACAUGGAGGCAAAGAUCAAGAAGAACGUACAAGAGCGAUAGAUCAGUUCAGGAAAGCUAUAAAAGAUGUCUUAGUAGCUACUGAUGUUGCAUCAAAAGGUUUAGAUUUCCCAGAUAUUCAACAUGUCAUAAAUUACGACAUGCCCGAGGACAUAGAAAAUUACGUUCAUCGAAUUGGACGUACUGGUCGAUGUGGUAAAACAGGUAUUGCUACAACGUUCAUCAACAAAGCAUGUGAUGAGUCUGUGUUACUAGACUUGAAGCAUUUAUUGUUAGAAGCCAAACAGAAUGUACCCAAUGUGUUAAUGGUGUUACAGAGAGAUAACGAAGACUAUCUUAAUAUGGGAGAGGAAAGAGGCUGUUCAUUUUGUGGUGGUCUUGGUCAUCGUAUCACUGAAUGUCCACGAUUGGAAGCAAUGCAGAGUAAACAAGCAAGUAAUAUUGGACGAAAAGAUUACCUCGCCAACAGUGCUGCUGAUUGGUAACAACUGAUAUGAUAUCUACAUACUAGUAGUGUGGUAACAAGCUUCUGUAGUUGAUAAUAUGUGAUGCUGCACUCGCUAGCAGUCCUGCGAUGAUUGGUAGCAAUCGAUAAGACUGAUAAUACAGAACGCUACAGCAAGGGGACAUUUCACUUUUACUAUUGUGUUUUUCAUCACUGGUCACUCUAACUUAAAGCGAUUCCCGAUAGCUGAUACUGUGUCGCGUGACUAUAUCUGUGAAAUUUAUAUGGACAUAGACCAAAUUAUGGACCUUGAAGGCACUGUUAUAAUCUUGAAAGUGGACAUAGACCAAAUCAUGGACCUUGAGAGCGCUGUUAAGUUGGAAAUGGACAUAGACCAAAACAUGGGCAUUGAGGGCGCUGUUGUGAUGUUAAAAAUAUGUGAUUGACAGAUUACUGUACAAGAUUCCUUUACAAGCUUCUCUUUUAAAUAAACCAGAUUUUUUAU